UCUCUCGACUUAGCUCCUCCCUCGAUUAUUCAGACUGAAUACGUUUGGCGCUGUUGCUGAAGACGGAGUUAGUUACUGCUGGACUGGACUGGGACGCGAGUGUAAGCGGGUUGUGUCUUUUGGAGAAAGUCUGUGGAUGUAAACAAGCGUAAUUUCUGGUUUUAUUUCUAAAGCAAUUCAAAUAUGGACAUUCUCUGGAGGUAAGCUGGCACUAUUGGGGGAAUAAUUAAGACACUUGAUUAAAAAAAACGGAACCGUUUUCUUAUGCUACAAGUCAAAUAGUUGCACAGUUGUACCGCUACAUACUGCUGUUCCGCGGGUAGAGUGUUCACGGGUUGACUGGCUAGCCUUCCAAGGGAGUUAGCUGGCUAGCUAGGCGCUUAGUGUUUUGGAGCGUUUGCUCUCUACUUUCUCCUAACCAUGGCUUCAGCGGUAAGAGCGAGAGCAUUGUAUGACUUUAAUUCAGAAAACCCUGGGGAGAUAUCAGUGCGGGAGAAUGAAAUCAUAUUUUUGCACAGUGAACAAGACAUUGAGGGAUGGUUGGAGGGCUCGAACAGCAAAGGGGAAAGGGGUCUCGUCCCCGCGUCCUAUGUAGAAAUGAUCAAAAACGACACGGCCACGUCAUACAACAACAGCACAUCUGGAGAUGCAUACCAAGGCUCUCGUUAUUCCAACGUUCCCUCAGGUGGGUCUGACGCGUCCUACAAACCCAACAACCAAGUCGAAAACUUUCCACCGCCCCCCCCAGCUUUGUCAAAUUUAUCUGCUCCAGCUCAGCAGCACACCUAUCAGGCAAGCCAGGGUAGCGACGACGACUGGGAUGAUGACUGGGAUGACAGCUCAACCGUGGCUGAUGAGCCAGGUGGUGUCAGUGGACGUUAUCGUGAUUUUGACGCCAAUGGACCCUCCACGUACAGCAUAUCCACAUCGUCCAGGGGAGGAAACGCACAGCAAGCAAAGAGCUCUGCCACCGUCAGCAGAAACCUGAACAGGUUUUCGACGUUUGUGAAGUCUGGAGGCGAGGCUUUUGUGCUGGGGGAAGCGUCUGGCUUCGUGAAAGAUGGAGACAAGAUAUGCGUAACAAUGGGACAGUAUGGCCCAGAGUGGCAAGAGAACCCCUACCCCUUUAGCUGCACAAUUGAUGACCCAACAAAGCAAACCAAAUUCAAGGGCAUGAAGAGUUACAUUGCCUAUAAACUGACCCCCACUCACACACAGAACCAAGUGAGCAGGAGAUAUAAGCAUUUUGACUGGCUCUACGCCAGACUGGUGGAGAAGUUCCCUGUCAUCUCAGUCCCUCACAUCCCAGAGAAACAGGCCACCGGGCGCUUCGAGGAGGACUUCAUCUCCAAGAGGCGGAAAGGCCUCAUAUGGUGGAUGAACCACAUGACCAGUCACCCAGUGCUGUCCAAGUGCGACGUCUUCCAGCAUUUCCUCUCCUGCACCGAUGAAAAGGCCUGGAAGCAGGGGAAGCGGAAGGCUGAGAAAGACGAGAUGGUGGGAGCCAACUUCUUCCUGACCAUCAGCACCUUGGCGGCCCCACUGGACCUGCAGGAGGUGGAGAGCAAGGCCGAUGGCUUCAAGGUGUUCACCAAAAAGAUGGACGACAGUGUGCUCCACGUCAAUGCCACCCUCAACGAGUUCGCCCGCAAGCAGAUAGCAGGGUUCAAGAAAGAAUAUCAGAAAGUGGGACUGUCAUUUAAAUCACUGAGUCAAGCAUUUGAACUUGACCAACAGACAUACUCAGUGGGGCUGAACCAAGCCAUUGCCUACACAGGUGAGGCUUAUGAAGCAGUUGGAGACUACUUUGCAGAGCAGCCAAAACUCGAUGUGGACCCAGUGAUGGAUUUGUUAGCACUCUACCAGGGACACCUGGCCAACUAUCCUGACAUCAUUCAUGUUCAGAAAGGCGCGCUGACGAAGGUGAAGGACAGCCAGAAACACGUGGAGGAGGGCAAGAUGGAGGGGUCGCAGGCGGAGGGCGUGCGGGACCGCUGCAACAUCAUCUCCUUCGCCACCAUGGCCGAGAUCCAGCACUUCCACCACAUCCGCGUGCGCGACUUCAAGGCCCAGAUGCAGCACUACCUGCGUGAGCAGAUCGGCUUCUUCCAGAAGAUUACCAGCAAGCUGGAGGACGCCCUGCACAUGUACGACAAGGCUUAAGGCCACCGGAUGAGACCCCCAACACACUCCUCCUGCAACACCCCCUAACCCACCUCUAUCUGUGACCUUGUGACAUCUUGCUGCUGUUGUUGUCCAGGGAUGGACCUCGUGGACCACUCCAUGUUUGUAUUAAAGCCCAGCCAGCUAAGGCGAGAGAGGGAGAGAGCAAGCAUGUUAGCCAGCUAGCUCCAUUCAGCAGCAAUACAAUGGACGGAACCAUGAGGACUUGGUGAACACUUCCAUCCCCUGAUUGCAAGGCACAUUCCAGAGAGGGAGAAAGGGAGAGAAAACAAAGCUUUUGGAAUUUUGCCGCUUGGCCACACUGGCAUGAAAUAAGUUUGUAAAAAAAAGCCAGCCUUCUAAGGGGGGGGGGGGGGCGGCGUAGGGUAUGGCAAACUGUUGCUUAGCAUUAUGACCUUUGACCCUAAGGCAGAGGAAUCAGAAUGAAAAUUUCCUGUUCAGGAGGAGGUGUGUGGAUCUUUGAGCGAAAACACCACGGCGUACCGGACUGCCCACAUGCAUGUGUGUGUGUGUGUAAGUGAAGAAACAGAAGGAAGUGCGACACUCUCGGCCCAUCAGAUGAGAGGGGAGAACUUAUGUGAUGGUGGGUCACUACCCGCAGUUCUGCAUACGGGAGAGGCAGUCUAUUUAGUGAAAGCAACAAACCAAUCUUCAAAAAG